CAGUUCGUCCCCAUUUUCCGCUUGGCACCAUCUUUAAAAAACAACAAACAAUCCAUCGCUUUGCUCCUUGAUAAACACGUUGUCUCGCUUACUAUAAACUGUACUAAAGAAUGACCACAUUAAAUUGCUGGAUUACUGUGAUAUUUUGUUUGAAUUUUUAUAAUUCGGAUGUAUAGGGACGAAAUCGCAUAGAAAUGCUAUAUACUCUCCAUCGUACUUCUUUUCCCUUAUAUUUGGCUUAUAUAAUGAGGAAAUAGGCUCCGCUACACUCCGCAAAAAUUGAACAAACAAGCAGACAGAGGGAUUAGGACAUGACUUCUGUAAAGGGUACAAGGGUUUCGACUUAUAUUCCUGAACUAAGGUACCCAAAAUAUCUAGCUGAGUCACCUCAAAAGAGGUCUUCGAACAGUCUUCAGCAGGAACUAGACAUUUCUUAUAUCCGUAACUUUUCAUCUGUCCUACUCUGUACAAUCUUGUGUGCCUGUGGUAAUAAGUGGAGUCGUCACUCUCCAAAGAUAGGACCUGGUGCAGUCAAACCCUCUUGCUGGCGUAAUUUUUUUUUUGUUUUUUGCUUUUAUUUUGACUGGGGUAAUAAGUGAAGUCGUCACUCUCCAAAGACAAGACUACAAAAAAAAGAAGAAAAAAACGAAAAUAAAAAAAAGAAAAGAAUAGUCAAACCCCCCUUGCUUACAUAAGCCGGAAGUUGUGGUGCUGGCUGCAAUUUGCCUAAGCUCUUCUCGGAAAAGGAUGUAAGGUUGUACACCAUUAAGCAAGCUUUGUUUGCAAGGGACCACCUCUCUGUCGUUGCAAUGAAACCACUUACCAUGCACUUGGUUAUAAGCAACAGUAGUGUAAUGGCCAUUGUUCAAAUGCAAGGUUGCUCUAUCACAAGGAAGGUUCACUUUCCGACACGAUGCUGUGCUUCGCGGGCUCCUGAAACGAAAAAGCACCUUAAAGUGUCAUUUGUAAAAGCAGGUAGCUAUUCCUCCGCUAAAAGAUCAAAACCAACUGGUCUAUUCCACCAUGCUAGUGACUGGGUGAUGUUAGCAGAUCUGAAUGAAGGAUUUGUGUUUCCUGGCCAUAUUGCGAUCACAUCCCUCAGGCCAGACAUUGUAAUAUACUCAAAUUGUUCUAAGCGCAUCAUCAUUAUUGAACUUACUUGUCCUUGUGAGGAAAACAUGGGAUCCUGGCAUUCCACCAAGCUUUCCAAAUACUUCCCUUUGGUCGAGGUAAUACGUAGCAACGGGUGGUUUCUGCAUCUUUUUGCAGUAGAAGUGGGUGCUAGGGGCUACUCUUCAAGGUCUCUAACUUGCUGUCUAAAAAGCCUCGGUUUCGCUAGCAAAUCUGCGUUUUUAACCGCCCGCAAGCUUGGCGAUAUAAGCAUGAAAGCAUCCUUUUGCAUUUGGAUUGCACGAGACUCACCACAUUGGUCACAAGAUCUUACGCACUGCAGUCCGCCAACAUUGCCACGACCAAAGGAUAGUAUACCUCAUGAAAAAUCCUCGUCUGUUACCAAAUCCAAUAAAAGUCCAUCUUCAGCCAUCUCUGACAUGCCAAAACCCACGGAACACCAUAACCUUAGCCAGGAACUUAAACAAAAGGUGAGCAUCGUUCACGCUGGUUUGAUAAACAAGGGGAACACAUGCUACGCAAACUCCAUUUUGCAAGCAUUAACGGUUCUUCCAAGACUUUGGUCUCAAUUACCAACAGAGUCCUCUUUGUCAUCUCCUCUAGUAAAGUCUAUAGUCCUAAAUAUGUCACUACUGAAUCGUUCUCGUUCACCAAUUGAUCCUUCCAAUUUCUUACGAGCACUGCAAAACAGAAUGCAUGCUCUUAACAAUAACGCGUUUUAUCACAAUCACCAACAAGAUGUGCCCGAGAUCCUUCAAGUUGUUUUUGACGAAAUUAUUGGAUCUUCCCCUUUGGUUGACAAUCUACUGUCUGUAACUGUGACCACAACAACGUCAUGCAACUCCUGUUGUUUCUCCACUUCCAGGGAGCAAAAGGAUUCAAUUUUAAUUUUACCAACGUGUAAGUCAAUAGCAGACUCUUUUAACAAAUUUUUACAACCUCAAGAACUUCUAGGUGACAACAAGUGGUUCUGCCCCCAGUGUUCAUCGCAUCAAGAGGCCACAAUUGAAACUCAGAUUUCUAAUUGCGGCGACUUCCUUGUUGUACAAUUGUUAAGAUACACAUCAGUAAAUGGGUCUUCUUUUAAAGACAACAAGUUAGUCAAUUGCUUGCCUAAAAAACAUCAUGUCUUAAAGGUAGCAUCUCACCCAACUGACGAUGUGUCUUUCAACAACAAGUAUAACUUGGUUGCUACCAUUAACCACUCAGGUACAUUAAAAGCAGGUCAUUACUGGGCCUUCAUUAAGGACCAACAAAACACCUGGUUCAAAUGCAACGAUCGCUGUAUUUCUCAAGUAGACACAUUCCACUUGAAUAAUUCUUCGUCAUACAUACUUUUCUUUUCCAGAAGUUAGCUUAUUUGUAUGUCACACAACAAAUGGGGGAGGGAAUCCAUGACCCUAGCGGUUUUAUUUACCCCAGCUGAUUUAGGUUGGUCAGUGCACCGUGAAACCGGAGUUUGCUCACUCCUCUCUUUGUAUAGAGACAAUGUAAGAAGCACAGCAAGGGGGCUUGAUAUCAUAUCUUGUCUUUGGGUUUAACGAUCCCACUUAUUACCCCAGUCCAGUAGGGAGGCAGAGUUUGUUCACUUUGCUUUCAGGCUUGACAAUCCUGCUGCCCUUAGUCAUUUUAGAAGAAGCUUUGCAAGGGGGUUACAUUUUCUUAUCUGGUCUUCGUGGUGUUACGCCCACGCAUAUUACCCCAGUUAUGACAGGCUGGUACUGUCAUUAGGCAGGUCCACAGCAACAAUUAUCUGUGUAAGGCUGAGUGUUGGAGCUCCAUAACACAUGUGGAAAGCUACAGCCAGGGUCACAAGUCCUGGCGCGCAGAUAGUUGUUUGCUUCUUAAACACAUUCUCUAAAGAAUAAUUUUAAAUUUAUCCGUUUAAGGAUAUUCACGUUAUGAUAAGUUUUAUUUAUCUCAUUUGUACCUAUUCAAUUCAUUUUGAAUUGCUUUAAUAUUUAUUUUUUAGUGUUGUGUUCUGUCGCUGUUGUAUUUUUACGCCUUUUACGGUCAAUGUUUUUAGGAAAUCCUUGCAAAAAGGGGGAUUUUGCUUUUUUGAAAAAUCUCUAGAGGGUUGCAACCUCUAACUAUAGUAGAACCAGCUGUCAUUAGACAAGAAAUAUCAUUACAGCUAGCUGUUUUGUCACCUCAUCAUAAAUCAUCAUCCAGAGUG